UAAAGACGGACAGGUGCGACAUUAAAUAUUACAAUCUUUAAUUACAGUGAAUUUUCACAAAUUCAAUGUGUGUGUAUGUAAUGUACCAUGCAAAAAAGUAACUUUAACCUGGGAGUUUUGUUUUAGUUUGAUAUAUUCGAAAAUCAAAAAAAAAAACAAAAAAACGCCAAAACAUUGGAUUAUGAUUAGAAUGAGUUACCAUGUACUGUUUUUGAUAUUCUUGCUUCAUACGCUUACAUUUCAAGCAUAUUGUGAGUGCGACUUGCCGCCUGAUUUAGAUGGUGCAUGGUGGGAUAGCAGCGCGGGAAAUGUUCAGUUUUCUCAGACCACAAAGCAGUUAGAUGGAUGGUCAUUCACUGUAUACACACAAAGUUUGUCUGCAUUCACAUGUGUAGAGAGUGUUGACAAUAUAUUACUGUUUAAGAGUAACAAAGAAGCCAAUACAUUUGGAGCACUUUAUUACGGAUUUCUGUGUAUGGUGUACACCAAUAUAACAUCAUCCAGCUUCAGGUAUUAUCUAAAGGCAGAUGAGGAACCCGAUGAAGCUUCUAAACAAAGGGUUAAAAUGAUGGUGAAGGAAAAUGCUUUAGAGCCUUACGAUGUAAAUGUUAUUUGUAAUCCAGUUAAUGGUCCAUCAUUAGAAGAGUAUCAUGUUCUAGUAAAGCAAGACAAACAGUCGUUGUUGAACCAGUAUUUACCUGAUAUACUGCUUGGUGUAUUCUCCUACAGUGUAAACGAUGGAGAUUCUUCCUAUUGUAUUGAUGGUUCUCUAUGGGAUUCGUGUACAAAUAAAACAUCUAUCAACUUAAACUAUACACUGUGUUCAACUGUAAUGUUUGGGUCAGCAACUGGUCAUUUGUACAGUGUUACCUAUGUGUUACAGGGUAGUACCUACUAUGUUACAGUUAUAAACUCUGAUGGUCAGGAUACACUGUUUACCUGCUUGGCAGUGGUGUCAUCAGGAGGGAAAAUUGUCAUGAGCACAAACCCGGGCAGCUGUGAAAAGGGACAGACACCAUUUUCAAGAACAUCUAAUCAGGAAAGUGUCCUGAUUACUUUGUCUCAAUAUGCUUUUAAUAGUGAUAAUUCAGACCUGUCGUCAGAUACAGAUAUCAACAUUCUAGCUUUAAUCGUCGGUUUGUUUGCUGCGCUAGUAUUCCUUAUUGUUGCAUUGUCUGCUUUUGUAUUGUAUCGGAAGUGCUUCAGACGAAGAAGUCAUAUACACCACGUACACAGACGUGUCAUUCCAGGCUUGGUGUAUCCUAAGAAAAUUACUUUAGCAGAUGCAGGUAUUGGUGAUGUGGUACUUCAUUCACCAAGAGUUUAAAUAAAGAUUCCAAGAGAAACGAUUUAGAGGGGGAAACAUUGGUGUUUAUAAAACAAAUAUUUAUUUCAGUUAAAUGGUGUUGUACAAUAGUUUAUUGUGGAAAAAAAUCUAGUUUACCUGUUAAA